ACAAGGUAAACGUUGGUGCUCACGGCAAGAGCAGCUACCAGGCCCUAUAACAAACAAGCAAUAUACAACUGCGCGGUCCCAAGAACAACAGGCCGUAAAAAACAUGCUCGGAGCAAUGCGUGUUUGCCAAUUCCGUGCAUGCACGAUGCGUGUACUGUUGGCUAGCUUUAAUUCGACCAGUUCUUCCAGAUCGAGCUGACGGCGUACCCACAGCCAAGCCAUGCCACUGCGCUUCGCCGCCGCUCUGCUUCUUCUCCUGGCCACGGCGGCGUCGUCGUGGUGGUUCGCAGAGGUCGCCGCUGCCGGCCGCGUCUUCAACGUCUCGGACUUCGGCGCCGUCGCCGACGGGCGCACGGACGAUUCCGAGGCUUUCCUGCGGGCGUGGACCAAGGCGUGCGCGACGCCGGGGAGAGCCGCCGUCGUCGUCCCCAGGGGCGACUACCUGCUGCACCCGCUGGUGUUCCGGGGCCCGUGCAAGGGCUACAUGGAGGUCCACGUCGCCGGCGUCCUCCGCGCGCCGCCGGGACUCGCCGCCUUCCGUGGCUGCCGCGAGUGGGUCCACUUCUCCAGCAUCGACGGGCUGCUCGUCACCGGCGGCGGCACCUUCGAUGGCCGCGGCGCCACGGCGUGGCCGCUCAAUCAGUGCCCUCAGAAACGCGACUGCAAGCUUCUCCCCACCUCCAUCAAGCUGGGGCUGGUGAGGAACGCGACGAUCACGGGGGUGACGUCGCUGGACAGCAAGUUCUUCCACGUCACGGUGGUGGGCAGCCACGACGUGGCGAUCCACCGCGUGAGCAUCCGGGCGCCGCGGAGCAGCCCCAACACGGACGGCGUGCACAUCCAGGGCUCCUCCAACGUGCGCGUCACGGACUCGGCCGUGGCCACCGGCGACGACUGCGUCUCCGUCGGCCCGGGCGCCUCCGACGUGGUGGUGUCCGGGGUGUCGUGCGGCCCCGGGCACGGCAUCAGCGUCGGCAGCCUCGGCAGGUACCCCGGCGAGGAGGACGUCCGCCGGCUGCGCGUGGCCAACUGCACCCUCGCCGGCACCUCCAACGGCGUGCGCAUCAAGACGUGGCGCGGCGGCACCUGGCCCACCGCCGUCACCGGCCUCGUCUUCGAGGACAUCGUCAUGAGGAAGGUCCACAACCCCAUCAUCAUCGACCAGGAGUACUGCCCCUACGCCUCCUGCCGCGAAUCGGAGCAGCGGCCGUCGGCGGUGAGGAUAAGCGACGUCAAGUUCCGGAACAUCCGGGGCGAGUCGGCGACCAAGGUCGCCGUCAAGCUGUCGUGCAGCGAGGCGAGCCCGUGCCGGGAGCUGGAGCUCAGGGACAUCGACCUGCGCUACGUCAAGCGCGGGGUGGCGACGCAGUCACGGUGCGCGCACGUCGCCGGCGGUGUGGUCGGCGGCACGCUGGUCCCUCCCUCUUGCAUAUGAAGUGUACCAGUGAUGGAUCGGACAGCUGAAAAGGGGAACUGUACUUUUUGCUUGCUUACUACUAGAUGUGAAUUGAAAAUCAUUAGUGAAAGAAUGACAUAGGAGCACAUCAUCAGAGCUGUAAUUGU